AAAAUGUGGCAGAAGCCAUUUAAGGAGGCUUUGGAAAACGCAAAACAAAGAAAAAUGGCGGCAGCGACGCCCUCAUCGCAUCUGCUGAUCCAACAUCUCCUCCACCGCCCUCCAUCAAAGCCGUCAGCAUCACCUCCUACUCCUUCUUCAUUCUUUUCGUAUUUUCUGAAACCCCAACUUGUCAUCUCCGACUCUAACUCCAUUAACCCUUCUUGCCAAUCCCCACUCUGCUCUUUCCCUACAACUGGUAGUAAUUCCACUGCUCCUAUUUUUUCUUCUCUCCCUCGUUUCCCUUGUCGCUCUCAUCUCUCCUCUAAUUCUCUCACUCUCCCUCUCUCUCCUUCUCUCAUCAAUGCCUCCCACCAAUCCUACUCUGUAUCCUUAGAAAAAGAAGCCCAAGAACUUGAACUUGAAAAUAAAGAUCACGAGGAAGAUGAAGAAGAAAAAGAAGAAGAAGAGGAUGAGUUGGAAAUUGAGGUUAAGAGCGAAAAUUUGGACUCGGUAGAAGAUUCCCAUAUGAGUUUGGAUUCUUUGCGUCCGAACGGAAAUGGGGUUAAACUUCCGAACCUUACUGUGAAGGAAAAGAAGGAGCUUGCCUCCUACGCUCAUAGCUUGGGGAAGAAGCUCAAAUGUCAGCUGGUUGGUAAAUCUGGUGUCACUGCUAAUGUUGCUACUUCUUUCAUAGAGACCCUCGAAGCCAACGAGCUUCUCAAGAUUAAAAUACACAGGACAUGUCCUGGUGAGCUAGAUGAUGUGGUGAAGCAGUUGGAGGAAUCAACCGGUUCGGUGGUUGUUGGUCAGAUUGGCAGAGUAGUGAUCCUUUAUAGACCAAGCCUUAGUAAGUUGCAGGCCGAGGAGAAAAGAAGACAGGCUCGUAAGAUUUUUGUGAGACGAAAGCUAAACUACAAAUCAUUAAUGCCGAAAAUUCUUGUUGCCUAUUGAUUUGGCUCUCUAAUUGUGUUGGAAAAUUUUCAGACAAAAGAAGCAAGACCGCGAUUGUCUAGCCGUGGAAGAAGGGGAAGCAGCAGGGUUUAAAUGACCCCUUCAUGAGGGUAGCUACUUACUGUUACUACCUUUGCUAAAAAUAUGACCUUUCCUGAAGCUGCCCACGUAUGGAUAUUUUAAUUGGUAAGUUUUUUUCAAAUUCGAAUGGAUGGUAGAGAACUUUAUUUGAUUGAUAGAAGGAUGGAUAUCUAUAUGUUCUAGGCUUCAAGAAAGAGUAUUAAUAGUGAGAAAAAAAAAAAAAAAGGGGGAACUUUUGGCUGGAGGGUAGGGGGUUGAAGGGAAGGGAAUUAGAGGGAAAAAGUUGGCGAGGCUGAAUCCUCCUGCUUAUAUGUUUUCGU